AUGAGCUCUCGUUUACUUGCCUUAUUGGCAUUAUCAGCGUGGCCUCUUAAUGGCUUCUGCUUCAGCACACCCCGCGGGUCGAAACAGCCAUUCCUCAGCUAUGCAACUAGCAAUAAUUCAAGUGCCCCAGCCUAUAAGGACUCUUCUCUAUGUGUCAACGAUAGAGUUGAAGAUCUCCUUCAGCGGAUGACCCUGGAGGAGAAAGCUGGUCAAAUGUUCCAUGCGAUGUUGUUCAUGGGUCCUAACGGCACGCUAGAUGAAGGGAGUGAAGCUGCCUUCCGGAAUAGCACCAACUUCAUGCUUGGGGACCAAUUCAUAACCCAUUUUAACCUCGUUGGUGAUAUCACCGAUGCGAAGCAGUCUGCUGAGUUCUACAAUCUUGUCCAACAACGAGCUCUAGAGACGCGUCUUGGAAUUCCUAUAACACUAUCUUCUGAUCCUCGACACCACUUCACUGAGAAUAUCGGAACUGGCUUCAAUGCAGGCCGCUUCUCUCAGUGGCCCGAAACUCUCGGGCUUGCUGCACUUCGAGAUGUCGGCUUGGUUCAGAGAUUCGCUGAGAUCGCUCGAGAAGAAUAUCUAGCCGUCGGCCUACGCGCUGCGCUGCACCCGCAAGUAGACCUGUCUACAGAGCCGCGGUGGGCACGAAUCUCUGGUACAUUUGGUGAGGAUUCGAACCUAACCGCUGCACUCCUUACGGCAUAUAUCAAAGGCUUCCAAGGCGAGAAGUUCGGUUCUACUUCAGUGAGUACCGUGACGAAGCAUUUUCCCGGUGGAGGUCCGAUGGAAAACGGUGAAGACAGCCAUUUCACCUAUGGGAAGAACGAGACCUAUCCUGGGAAUAACUUCAACCACCACCUUAUCCCCUUUAAGGCAGCUGUCGCCGUAGGCGCCCGCCAAAUGAUGCCGUACUACAGCCGUCCGAUUGGCACUCAGUAUGAACCUGUAGGGUUUUCAUUUAACAAGGAGAUUGUCACAGACCUUCUACGCAACGAGCUCGGAUUCGAGGGCGUUGUGGUAACCGACUGGGGUUUGAUUACUGAUACAUACAUCGCUGGUCAAUACAUGCCUGCUCGAGCUUGGGGAGUAGAGCACUUAUCAGAGCUAGAGCGAGCAGCGCGUAUCCUCGAAGCCGGGUGCGACCAAUUCGGCGGCGAGACGCGUCCUGAGCUGAUCGUGCAGUUAGUCAACGAGGGUGUUAUAAGCGAAGAACGCAUCAAUGCCUCUGUGCGAAAGCUACUGCGCGAAAAGUUUAUCUUGGGACUUUUUGAUAACCCAUUCGUCGACCCAGAUGCUGCCGCUCGAAUUGUUGGGAAUGAUUAUUUUACGCGCUUAGGCAAUGAAGCCCAGCGUCGCUCGUACACACUGCUUACCAACAAGAACGAGACUUUGCCACUUCGUAACGUUGGGUCGGAGACUAAAUUCUAUAUUGAAGGUUUCAAUGCGACUUUACUUCAAAAUCGUACUUAUACGGUGGUGGACAAGCCCGAGGAUGCUGAUUACGCUCUUCUACGGCUGGCAGCUCCUUACGAACCGCGACCAGGAGGAUUCGAGUCCGGGUUCCACGCCGGAUCUCUUGAGUUCUCCGCCGAAGAACGGGCGCGUCAAGAAACUAUAUACUCGAAGGUGCCGACUAUCGUCGACAUGAUGUUAGAUCGACCGGCCGCAGUGCCUGAAGUUGCAGAUCAAUCAGUGGCAAUGCUAGCUAGCUUUGGAAGUAGCUCUGAGGCGUUCCUCGAUAUCAUAUUUGGUGUUGCUGAGCCUGAAGGCAAAUUGCCGUAUGACUUGCCACGUUCGAAUGCAGCUGUCGAAGCGUCUAAGGAAGAUGUGCCGUUUGAUACCAAGGAUCCAGUAUUCAAGUUCGGACAUGGACUAGCAUACGCGGAUCGGUGUGGGAAGACAGGAUGUAAGACCAAGUAA